AAAGCGCUGCAACUUUUGCAGUUAAUUGUACAGUAGAGAAGUUAAUACAUACUCCAAACGGUGAAAACUAAGUAAAGGACUAUUUAUAACCAUGAGAGUUUAUAACUUGCUGCUGCUCACAUUCGUAAUUGCGCUGUCCUCACUGGCUGCAACCAGUCAGGCCCAUCAGCCCGAUUGCUCGGACCACAUCAAUGGUCUUUCUUUUGCGGAUCCCAUCAGCUGCUCCAGCUACUAUGUUUGCCUACGCGGACGUGCGCUGAGAAGAGAGUGCGGACAUGGCCUGUUCUUUGAUCCCAGGACACAGAUCUGUAAUUUGCCCAGCUUAGUUGAGUGCCACAAUGGCGAUCGUAGUGGCGCCAUUGUAUCCAUCCAUAAUCAUGAGGGACCCCACGGAAAGGCUCCAUGCGUAACCACUCCAAAGCCGCCGUGUAAUAAGCCACUGGCAACAACUCCUCCUCCAAAGCCAGUUCCAGAAACAACUCCUUGCCAGACAACAACUGAAUCCACACCAUGCACAACAACUACAACAACAACUACGACAACUACAACAACAACGACAACUACAACGACAACUACAACGACAACCACAACACCUAAAACAACGACCACAAAAACUACAACAACAAAGACCACAACAACAAAGACCACAACAACAAAGACCACAACAACAAAGACCACGACAACAAAGACCACGACAACAAAAACAACAACAACAAAAGCUUUAAAAACGACACCCUGCUCGACAACAACAACACCCUGCACUACAGAGCCUACCAAAACCACCAAAACCACUACAACAAAGACCACGACAACAAAAACAACAACGACAAAAACAACAACGACAAAAACAACAACGACAAAAACAACAACGACAAAAACAACAACAACAAAAACAACAACGACAAAAACAACGACAACAAAGACGACCACAACGAAAACAACUACAUCAAAAACGAAUCCUUGCACUACAACAAAGGCACCCUGUACCACAACCAAAGAACCUUGCACUACAACAAAGGCACCCUGUACCACAACCAAGGAACCUUGCACCACAACAAAGGCACCCUGUACCACAACUAAGCCACCCUGUACCACAACCAUCUGUGCAACAACCUUAGCACCCGUGGCCAUCAAGAUGAAGUCAGCAGUGGCAUUGGCCUCCCUACGCGAUUGCCAGGGUAUCGAGGAUGGCACAUACUUCACAAACGACAGACACUGUCGCCGUUUCUACGUUUGUCGCAACAACCGCGCCAGACACCAGAUUUGCCCCAACGGUCAAUGGUUCGACCGCGAGCUGAAGAUCUGUCGUAGCAACCGUUUGGUGACCAACUGCUUGGCUGGUCGCAACUAAGUGCUUAGGUCAGCGAAGAAUUCGAAUUCCAUGAAGAGACCAAACCCCGCUAUUUACCCGGACUAAUGCGAUUUGAUGUAACAGAAAAAAUUCCUUUCUACUCUAUAUACGCCACUUUCUAGAACUAUUAAAUAAUUUAUCUAUACCAAAACAGCAUUUGACUGUAAUAAAGCAGCAUUUAAAAAAUCG